GUUGCCUGGUGGUUGGCUCCGGCUGACACCGUCAUGCCAUUUAUAAUUCUAGUGAGAGACAAGGCCAUUAUCAUUACCUCGAGACUGUUCUGUUCGGUGGAGCUUGAUCUGGCAGGAGAUGAACACGAUAUGAUGACGUCCGUGAUGACACAGGAAACGUACUCACUGGAUAUUCGUCCACGAUGACAGAAAAUUUGAGACGGAGAUCGCACGAGACCAAGCAAGUCGUGUUUCAACUGGC